AUGACAGCAAGAGAGCACAGCCCUCGCCAUGGCGCCAGGGCCCGUGCGAUGCAGCGGGCUUCCACCAUCGACGUGGCAGGCGACAUGCUGGGCCUGUCUCUGGCAGGAAAUGUACAAGAUCCAGAUGAGCCCAUUUUGGAAUUCAGCUUAGCCUGCAGUGAGCUGCAUACUCCAUCACUAGAUCGGAAACCAAACAGCUUUGUGGCAGUGAGUGUGACCACCCCGCCCCAGGCUUUCUGGACGAAGCACGCACAGACGGAGAUCAUCGAGGGAACCAAUGAUCCUAUAUUUCUAAGCAGCAUUGCCUUCUUUCAAGACUCUCUCAUCAAUCAGAUGACACAGAUCAAGCUGUCCGUGUAUGAUGUCAAGGACAGAUCUCAGGGAACAAUGUACUUGCUGGGGUCUGGAACUUUUGUCGUCAAAGAUCUGCUCCAGGACAGGCACCAUAGGUUGUAUUUAACACUAAGGUCUGCAGAGAGUGACCGCGUGGGCAACAUCACUGUGAUGGGCUGGCAAAUGGAGGAGAAGUCAGAUCAGCGGCCCCCAGUGACCCGGUCUCUGGACACCGUUAACGGGAGGAUGGUUCUGCCUGUUGAUGAGAGCUUGACCGAGGCCCUGGGGAUCCGAUCCAAAUACGCUUCGUUGCGAAAAGACACUUUACUGAAAUCGGUGUUUGGUGGUGCCAUCUGCCGCAUGUACCGCUUCCCGACCACCGAGGGCAACCACCUGCGAAUCCUGGAGCAGAUGGCAGAGAGCGUGCUGUCCCUGCACGUGCCGCGGCAGUUCGUGAAGCUCCUGCUGGAGGAGGACGCAGCCAGAGUGUGUGAACUGGAGGAGCUGGGGGAGCUGUCCCCCUGCUGGGAGAGCCUCCGGCGCCAGAUUGUCACACAGUACCAGACCAUCAUCCUCACCUACCAGGAGAACCUGACCGACCUCCAUCAGUACAAAGGUCCCUCGUUCAAAGCAAGCAGUUUGAAAGCAGAUAAAAAGCUAGAAUUUGUUCCCACUAACUUGCACAUACAAAGGAUGAGAGUUCAGGAUGAUGGAGGAGCAGAUCAGAACUACGACAUCGUCACCAUCGGGGCGCCAGCAGCACACUGCCAGGGCUUCAAGUCAGGAGGCCUCCGCAAAAAGCUGCACAAGUUCGAAGAGACUAAGAAACACAGUUUUGAGGAGUGUUGCACAUCAUCCAGCUGCCAGUCCAUCAUCUACAUACCACAGGACAUCAUCAGGGCUAAGGAGAUCAUCGCCCAGAUCAACACCCUCAAAACCCAAGUGAGUUACUACGCUGAGCGGCUGUCGAGGGCGGCCAAGGACAGGUCCGCCACGGGCCUGGAGAGAACACUUGCCAUCUUGGCUGACAAGACCCGGCAGCUGGUCACCGUGUGCGACUGCAAGCUGCUGGCCACCUCCAUCCAUGGGCUGAAUGCCGCCCGACCUGAUUACAUCGCCUCCAAGGCCUCGCCCACCUCGACUGAGGAGGAGCAGGUGAUGCUGCGGAAUGACCAGGACACCCUCAUGGCUCGAUGGUCGGGCAGGAACAGCCGGUCUUCUCUGCAGGUGGACUGGCACGAGGAGGAGUGGGAGAAGGUGUGGCUGAAUGUGGACAAGAGCCUGGAGUGCAUCAUCCAGCGGGUGGACAAGCUGCUGCAGCGCGAGCACCUGCAGAGUGAGGGCUGUGAAGACGGCCUCCCGGGCGCCGGCAGCGGCUGCAGCCGGAAAGGUAACCGGGGCAGCCGGGCCUACUGGAUCCGACCGGAGGAUGCCCUCUGCGACGCCCCCUCCUCGCCAUGCCCCUCCGCUGCAUGCUGCCCUCACCCGACCACACCCACACAUUGCAGCCCCCCUCCUGAAGAGUCCAGCCCAGGUGAGUGGAGUGAGGCCCUGUACCCACUGCUGACGACCCUCACCGACUGCGUGGCCAUGAUGAGCGACAAGGCCAAGAAGGCAAUGGUCUUCCUGCUCAUGCAGGACAGUGCGCCCACCAUCGCCAGCUUCCUGAGCCUGCAGUACCGCCGCGACGUGGUCUUCUGCCAGACGCUGACGGCACUCAUCUGCGGCUUCAUCAUCAAGCUGAGGAACUGCCUUCACGACGACGGCUUCCUGCGGCAGCUCUACACCAUUGGGCUGCUGGCACAGUUUGAGAGCCUGCUAAGCACCUAUGGGGAGGAGCUGGCCAUGCUGGAGGACAUGAGCCUUGGGAUCAUGGACUUGAGGAACGUGACCUUCAAAGUCACUCAGGCCACUUCUAACGCAUCCACUGACAUGCUGCCCGUCAUCACAGGAAAUCGGGACGGCUUUAACGUGAGGAUCCCGCUGCCGGGCCCCCUGUUCGAUGCGCUGCCCCGGGAGAUCCAGAGCGGGAUGCUGCUGCGGGUGCAGCCCGUGCUCUUCAACGUAGGCAUCAACGAGCAGCAGACGCUGGCCGAGAGGUUCGGCGACACGUCUUUACAAGAAGUUAUCAACGUGGAGAGCUUGGUGCGGUUAAAUUCCUACUUCGAGCAGUUUAAGGAAGUUCUGCCUGAGGACUGUCUACCUCGAUCCCGGAGCCAGACAUGCCUGCCGGAGCUUCUGCGGUUCCUGGGUCAGAACGUGCACGCCAGGAAGAACAAGAACGUUGACAUCCUGUGGCAAGCCGCCGAGGUCUGCCGCCGCCUCAACGGGGUCCGGUUCACCAGCUGCAAGAGCGCCAAGGACCGCACGGCGAUGUCGGUGACGCUGGAGCAGUGCCUGAUCCUGCAGCACGAGCACGGCAUGGCCCCGCAGGUGUUCACGCAGGCUCUGGAGUGCAUGCGCAGUGAGGGUUGUCGAAGAGAAAAUACAAUGAAGAAUGUUGGAAGUCGCAAAUAUGCGUUUAAUUCCCUGCAGCUGAAGGCUUUCCCCAAGCAUUACAGGCCUCCUGAAGGGACUUACGGAAAAGUUGAAACAUGA